AUGGAUAAUGUGACUUUAGGAGCUCUUAAAAGGUGGAUGCGCUCUGUUACUUCUUUUUUCGUUUUUUUCCUUAGUCUCUUUGAGCUUAAAGAAGGUCCCUGUAGUACUAAAACCUUCCCUCAAAUUGCAAACAUUCCUGAAAUGUUCACAGAUAUCAACUUCCUUGAGUUUAAACCACUAGCGAUUGCAGAAGCUGCACUUAUUCUGAGCUGUCCUAUACAGUUUCCAUGCUUCUUUAAGGAAAUCUGCCAUUUCCCAUAUACAAGAUGGCUAAUGGAGUGUUACAAAUCAAUAAAUGAGAGAGAGGUAGUUGAAGAAGAAAAAGGGAGCAACGAAACAGCAGUAAACGUGCUUGAUAUAGACGACUUCACCUAA